GCUUUGCAUCUGACGACGCUCGCAGCGCCCUGCGCUUGGCCCAGCUUCUUUCAAAAUGUCUACCGUUCAUGAAAUUCUCUGCAAGCUCAGCUUGGAAGGUGAUCACUCCACACCUCCAAGUGCGUAUGGGUCAGUCAAAGCGUACACCAACUUUGAUGCUGAACGGGAUGCUCUGAACAUUGAAACAGCCAUCAAGACUAAAGGUGUGGAUGAGGUCACCAUCGUCAACAUUUUGACCAACCGCAGCAAUGAACAGAGACAGGAUAUUGCCUUCGCCUACCAGAGAAGGACCAAAAAGGAACUUGCCUCAGCACUGAAGUCAGCCUUGUCCGGCCACCUGGAGACAGUGAUUUUGGGCCUAUUGAAAACACCUGCUCAGUAUGACGCUUCCGAGCUGAAAGCCUCCAUGAAGGGGCUGGGGACCGAUGAGGACUCCCUCAUUGAGAUCAUCUGCUCGAGGACCAACCAGGAGCUGCAGGAAAUCAACAGAGUCUACAAGGAAAUGUACAAGACCGACCUGGAGAAGGAUAUCGUUUCUGACACGUCCGGUGACUUCCGCAAGCUGAUGGUCGCCCUGUCGAAGGGUCGAAGAGCAGAGGAUGGCUCUGUCAUUGAUUAUGAACUGAUUGACCAAGAUGCCCGGGAUCUCUAUGAUGCUGGCGUGAAGAAGAGAGGAACUGAUGUUCCCAAGUGGAUCAGCAUCAUGACCGAGCGGAGUGUGUGCCACCUCCAGAAAGUAUUUGAAAGGUACAAGAGCUACAGCCCUUAUGACAUGCUGGAGAGCAUCAAGAAGGAGGUUAAAGGAGACCUGGAAAACGCUUUCCUGAACCUAGUCCAGUGCAUUCAGAACAAGCCCCUGUAUUUUGCUGACAGACUGUACGACUCCAUGAAGGGCAAGGGCACUCGUGAUAAGGUCCUGAUUAGAAUCAUGAUCUCCCGCAGUGAAGUGGACAUGUUGAAAAUUAGAUGUGAAUUCAAGAAAAAGUACGGCAAGUCCCUGUACUACUACAUUCAGCAAGACACCAAGGGUGACUACCAGAAAGCGCUGCUGUACCUGUGCGGUGGGGAUGACUGAAGCCCUCAAUGGCCCGAGGGUCCAGGACGGCUGCUCUGCGCUCCCAGCUAACAGUCCUACACAAUCAGCUUGUGGCUAACAGUCCCCUUGUGCCCAUCCCUGGGAGGAUGAUGUUAGUGCUGCCCACCCCACCUGCUCCAUCCUUAGUUUAGUUGCCUAAGCAUUACCUGCCUUUCCGGUCUAGUCUCUCUUUACAGUAAAAGAAAUGAAUAUUCCAAGGAAUUGGAAGUGAAAUCUAUGAUGUGAAACACUUUGCCUUUUGAGUACUGUGUCAUAAACAGAUGAAUAAACUGAAUUUUUACUUUAGGAACAAGUACUUUGUUGACCUUGCUCUCAAUUUAAUUGUUUCAAAAUCAAACAUGCUUAAGGGGUGUAUUGUUUGGCCGGUAAGGCUGUCCCCUUGAGGAAGAAAGCUCUAGAAAGGAGCUGUCCAAUAUAGUAGCUGCUAUCCAGAUGCGGCUAUUUACAUUUAAAUUUAUUUAAAUGAAAU